CGCUCAUCGUAGUCGAGUCCGAUCUUGUCGGCUGUUCGCACCUCUUACCACUCGAUGCCACUGUUUACAAAUUAAUAAAGGUUAUAGUGUUGCACUUACAGUUAUAAAAUGCCGAAAUACAAGGGAAAAAAUGCCUUCUAUAUCUUUAUGGUGGAUUGGAAAAAAGAACAAGAGAAGAGCGGGACCAAAUUUCCUGAAGGUUUGCGAGACGUUCAAAAGGAUCCGCAAUUAAAUGUGGACUGGUUGAGUUUGUCUCCCGAACAAAAAUCAUACUAUAAGUCGAAGGCGAAAGACAGUAAAAUUGAAGCACAAGGAUCUCAAAGCAAAAAGACAGCGUUAGGAGAGUGUAUCGAUGAAGUUCUCAUUGCUGAGAAAAAAGAACAAGAGUUUCGGCAAAAUAUGUUACGGUACAUACAAUCCGUAACUUCCAUGGGUAGGAAGCAUAAUAACUUGCAUAAAAUCAAAUUCAUGUUCAUACACGUGAACUGGUUUUAUAAAAGAGAAAUAGGAAUCAAUAAAUAUGAGUAUUGUCCUGCCGAGUUUGCUGUGGCAGAGUUCAGUUUAGACAGUGGCAUUGAAGAUGUAUACCAUGAGGUAAUUAAUACAAAAAUUCCAUUAGGCUGGAAGCGGGAUGCUUUGGAAAUAAGUGAGGAAACUCACAAAAUACCUAUUGAACAUCCAGAUGGGCAAGCCGACUUUUCAUAUAUGUACGAACAACUUGUUAAGUUUUUAAAAUCUAACAUGACUGGAGAUAAGUAUCCUCCUUUAUUUACUAUAAAAGACAUGGCUCCUGCCGUGAAAUCUUUGCUCGAAAGAAUGUGCACAGAAAGUGCUUCUAAUGAAAACACAGACAACUUUGUAAUAUAUUCUAUAGAAGCUUUAUUUGCUGAACUAAGAAAUGCUGCUGCAGAAAAUUCAGACUGCCGUAGCAUUCCUCUGGUUGUUGCGGAGAAUGAAUUUGGAAAAGACACGUUUGCUUGGGUAACUGGUCUUGAAUGUGAGUAUCAUAAAAUUUCUGGUAGACCUACAUUCUGCAGUAUGUCUGUAGUAAAAAGAUGGGGAUACACAAUGUGUGAUUACUGCUGCGAAUAUCUGGGCAUACCGAUGAUAGAUGGUAUUCAUUCUCCUAUGCCACGAACCAGCUUCAAUUCCACUAAUGUCACUCUUGAGCAGCAGUUGAAUAAUUUAUCUAUUAAUGAUAACUGCAAAACGAUCUCGAUGACUGGUGUAAGCUCAGACUACAAAGAAAAGGUAUCUGAAAGAACUCACAAAGAAGAACAGGAACGACGCACUCUCUGCAAACAUCUAGAAAUAAUUGAUCACAGCAAAUGCAAUGUAGCCGAUCGAGCUAUACCUGGUCGACCUCUGAGACUACCUAAAACAGUAGCAAAGGCUGUGAGUGGAUUUGAAGAAAAUAUUAAUUCUACAAGUUUUCCUUCGAUAGGAGGAAGGGGUGUUACUCUUCAGAGAAAAGAUAUUCUAGACAUGGAUUUUCCUCCAUUAGGAAGAGGUCGUGGAACAUCAUUAUAAAUAUACUUGUAUCAUGUAUAUUUUUUCAUCCUAUGACAUUUUCAAUGAUUUAUUGAUCCAAAAAACAAAUCUAUUAGAAAUUAUAUUUUUCUACAGAUGUACCAUUUGAACUAAGGAUUUUUCAUAAUAAAGAUUAUUUGCUCUGUACGAACUAUACAAAUUUUGAGUUUCAGAUUUUUUCUUACCAAAAGCGUCCACUAUCGCACGUAUGUGUCCAAUGCAGGUUUGUCUAAACACAUUAAUUAUGAUAAAAUUAUGUAGACCAAAUGUACAGAACUGUUCAAGAACAUCUGCUGCGUGCUGCAUCCAUAUUGUGUACAAAAACAGCUAACAUCACAAAAUGUAAAUAGUAAAUACAGCAGAGAAUCAAACUUCACAACACAAUUAAUUAUGUUGUCACUUGUUUUUUGAUAUGACCGAUGUAUUAAAUUUUACUGAACAUUUUUAA